AAUCGGCUGAAUGUAACAGAGGAACUAACGUCUAAUAACAAGACGAGGAUUUUUAAUGUCCAGUCCAGGCUCACAGAGGCCAAACACAUUAACUGGAGAGCGGUGCUGAGCAACAGCUGCCUCUACAUCGAGAUCCCGGGCGGCGCUCUGCCCGAGGGGAGCAAGGACAGCUUCGCAGUUCUUCUUGAGUUUGCUGAAGAGCAGCUCCAUGUUGACCACGUCUUCAUUUGCUUCCACAAGAACCGCGAUGAUCGAGCCGCCUUGCUCCGUACCUUCAGCUUUUUGGGCUUUGAGAUUGUGAGACCGGGGCAUCCCCUUGUCCCCAAGAGACCCGACGCUUGCUUCAUGGCCUACACAUUUGAGAGAGAGUCCUCGGGUGAGGAGGAGUAGUGCGUGGCCCCGGGGCCACUCGGGCCUCCAUUGCAGUCCCGUCUGUGUGCUUCGCGCCGUGCCUGCUGCGGGUGGUGUGAUCAACUGCGCUGACCAGCGUCAGCCUGCUCACCUGCUGGUUUGUCCGCAUGUUGUAAUUGUGCAAAUAAACGCUCACUCCAAAUUAGCCGUGUAUUUCUUGAAGUUUAAUAUUGUGUUUGUGAUACUGAAGUAUUUGCUUUAAUUCUAAAUAAAAGUUUAUAUUUUACUUUUUUAUUGCUGGUUUAAGAUGAUUCAGAUUAUCCUUGUACUUUGAGGAGUUUCUUAUUUGAAAGUCUUUUUGGAACAGUCUUAGGUCUCUUAACUUGGAAAGAUAGGUAUUAAUCUACCCUUCUAUUGCUCUCAGAAAUCCAAAUAAAAGUGAUUAUCCCUCUUAAAAAAAAAAAAAAAAAAA